GAACAGAGACCACAAAUGCCACAACUAGCAAAAUGGAACCAAAAAUAGUGGGUGGAACGGCAGUUGACAUUAUUAGUUUUGCGUAUACGGUCUCUAUAAGGCUCACGGCUACGGACCGAAAGAGUUACGGAUCUGGGCACUUGUGUGGUGGCAGUGUAAUAUCCCAACGUUUGGUGGUCACGGCAGCCCAUUGCAUUUACAACUCUAAUACGAAAAAGUAUCGAACGGCGGGUGAAUACUUCCUUGUUAUGGGCAGUAGCUAUUUGAAGACCCGGGACCCUAAUUAUACCCUGGAGUUUUACGUCCAGCAGUUGGUCGUUCAUCCAUCCUACAAUCAUGAUUCUCUGACCAAUGAUAUUGCUCUGAUGUUUAUUAAUGGAUACAUUCCCUGGAGCGCUAUUAGCGUGAGGGCUUUGGAUCUGAAUUCAGCGGCUUUGGUCGCGGGAACUGGGUGUUACAUUGCCGGAUGGGGUUUACUUGAGGAGGGUGCCAGCAGCACCAGUAACGCCCUACAAGCUGCUGUGGUGCCCAUAGUGGCUCAUGACGUCUGUGCUUUAUCCUAUCAGCCCCUACCCGAUUCCCAGGUGUGUGCCGGCCUUACGAAGGGCGGAGUGGAUGCCUGCCAGGGUGACUCCGGUGGGCCACUGGUGUGCAAAAGUGUCCUGGCCGGUGUGGUGUCCUACGGCUAUGGCUGCGCCCAGCCCGGUUAUCCCGGUGUCUAUACCAAUAUUACCUUCUAUCGCGAUUGGAUUAUCCAGCAGAAUAGUUCCUUUGACUAUACCGUUUUUCGUAAUUCCGGAAUACGGCAAGGAACUGGUUCUAUCCUUUUGAUUGUCUUGGCCAUCGUCCUGGCAGCAUGGACCAGGGGACUUUGAUUCCCAAAAGAA